GUUUAACCGCGACAACCAUUGCCUAUGAUGCAAACCGUCCCAUGGCACUUCUCGCUGAUCCACUUCUUUUUUCGCCUCUCUUCCACUCACAGUCCAUUCAUUACUCUCCCUUGGCUCUCUCGGCCCCGGACUAACCCCGUCCGUAUCGCACUAACUCUCGUUUCUCUCCAGUUUUUCUGUUCUUAUCGAGCUUAUCCUGCACCCAAGUCUUGCCGCUUAAGGGGAUUGGUUCCUGAGAACCGGUUCCACACUGCGAGUUUGUUUGAUCGAUCAUGUCAACUUCAUCGCGACGCCGGAGAUCUCCUGGGAGACUCUUGUCCCGAUCCUCUUCCUCGUCGGCGUCUGUAUCGUCGUCUUGUGCUUCGUUGUCGACAACCUCUCCGCCUCCGCCUUCACGCCUCAGGCCACCACCCCCGUCAUCAACAUCAGCAUCAACAUCAACUACGACAACAACAAGACCGACUUCACCGUCAACCUCCCAUGUCCUCCUCUUCCUCAUCGCCUUCCGUCUCCUCAACGCUUUAUCUCUCCGUACUUUCUUCCAACCCGAUGAAUUUUUCCAAUCCCUCGAACCGGCGUGGCAGACUGCAUUCGGCGAAAACAGCGGAGCUUGGAUAACAUGGGAAUGGCGACACCAUCUACGGUCCUCCAUCCAUCCUCUUUUCUUUGCUACGAUUUAUACCGUGGCCGACCUAUUCGCACGCGCUCUGCGCCUCUCCCCCGCAACCCGCGGUGAUAUCCUCGUUGCCUCCCCGAAGAUAGCGCAGGCUGUUAUCUCCGCAAUUGGAGAUCUAUAUACGUGGAAACUGGCCCGCACCGUUUACGGACGCCGGAGUCAUGAAACCUGGGCGACUCUCGCCCUGACGGUCCUCAGUCCCUGGCAAUGGUUCUGUUCGACCCGGACUUUGUCCAAUUGCCUCGAAACCACGAUUACCAUUGUCGCACUCAACCUAUGGCCUUGGGAAUGGUCGUCGGAAUCAAUCCCGCAAGUCCAGCCGAGGAGGAACACGCGCUCCAUGGGCAGGGAUGCUGAACGAGAAGACACCAGUGAUUUAGUGCUUCUUGUCAGGCUGCGCUAUUGUCUUAUACUCGCUGCGAUCGCGUGUAUGCUGCGACCGACGAACAUCCUGAUCUGGAUGAGCUUAGCUGGCGUCGCAUGGCUUCGGAGCACUUGGCGGGGAAGGGCUAUCUUCUAUCGCGAGGUUUUGCUUUGCGGUGUCUCCGUCCUGACCUUGUCGGCCGUGUUGGAUCGCCUCUUCUACGGAACCUGGACGUUUCCGCCUCUCAGAUUUCUGUACUUCAACAUAGCACAAUCUCUAGCUGUUUUUUACGGGAAAAAUGAUUGGCACUAUUAUGUGACCCAAGGCUACCCCCUUCUGCUUACUACCGCGCUACCGUUCACUAUUGUCGGCCUGUAUCGCACACUACGCCGGGCGACGACAAACAUUCUACAGCUGUCGGUGCAAACUCAACUUGCAAUGAUUUGCCUAAUUAUGCCGCUAGCACUCUCAAUCAUUUCCCAUAAAGAAGUGCGAUUCAUCUACCCGUUGCUCCCCUCACUGCAUGUUCUGACGGCCCCGCCGCUGGUGAACUUCUUUCUCCCUGCAGUUUCUCGUUCCAAUGGGGCAUACAUUCCCAGGCGGCUUUCUCUUCUUUUUUUGUUGCUGAUCAACAUCAGUAUUGCGAUUUACACCACUCUAUAUCAUGCCUCUGGGGCAAUCGGCGUUCUCUCGUAUCUCCGCAGCCAACAGCAAACCCACAACCCGGUUGACAAACUAGCAUAUUCGUCCGGUGCUUCUCAGACAGAGAUCACUGCUGGGUUCCUCAUGCCCUGCCACAGCACCCCUUGGCGCUCCCACUUGGUCGAUCCAAACAUCCACGCCUGGGCCCUGUCCUGUGAGCCCCCCGUUGACCUCAACGAGUCGCAGAAGGCCGCAUAUGUGGAUGAAGCGGACCAGUUCUACAACGACCCUAACCGGUUUUUACGCGAAAACAUGGUUGGCGGACUACGCCAUUUACCUCGGACGCCUUCCUAUCGCUCUUCCUGGAAACCUCGGCAAAUCAGCCCGCGAACGUAUCAGCAAGCCAACCCCCACGAAUGGCCCGACUAUCUCGUCUUUUUUGCCCAGCUGGAACCCACCCUCCAGAGUCUCCUCCGCAGUAGCUCCUACGGAGAGUGUUGGCGCACCUGGAACACCGCCUGGCACGACGACCCACGUCGUCGGGGCGACAUCAUUGUCUGGUGCCUCGACCCCACCGAGCAAGCCGCCUGGCGAUCUGUGACCCGGAAGCGUGUUCGUGACCAUCACGACCGGCAAUUCGACCGGAUCAUGGAAACUUUCCGGAAGAACGCCCCCGGUCAGCGGAAACCUUCCCCUUGGACCCGGUGGAUGCCGUCGCUGUAUAGCCGAUCAGGACCCUCGGCCUCAUCCUGGUCCUGGCCGUGGGAGCCACGCAAACGGACCACGUGGUUUGGAAUCCAAUUACCAGUCUGGAAGAAGAAAUCCUUGUGGAAGCUACCUUCCUGGACCUGGCCGAGCUCUUCGAAGAAAAAGACCAGAACCGUUGUUCAGGAUCUCUGGUCUUAAAUGUACACACACAUCUCCCUAACUUUGGUUCCCCUUCUUGAACAUAUUUUGCCUUCAAUUUCAUUUGUCUCAAGUCUAUAAC